AUGUCUGACAAAGAACUAAGCCAAGAACAACUGGAUUUCUUGGAAGAAUGCAAUAAUGAAUUCGCCGAUCGAUACACUGAAGAAGAUCCAGAAUAUAAAAUGAUAUACGACUUAGGAAUACCAACGCCGCCGAUUAUAUGUCCCUGGUAUGCAAGAAACAGGUUUAAUAGGGACAGAGCUGGUGGAAGCCGAUUCCACAGGGAUAGAGACAACAGAAGGGGACGUGACUUCAAUGAAGACAGGGGUAGAGAUAGAAAUGAUCAUUACAGGAGAGAAAAUAGAUUUAGGCCCUACCACUAG